AUGGUGAUGACACACCUGUUUCUCCCCGAAGAAAUAACCAUUGAGAUCCUGAGUAGGUUACCAGUUAAAUCAUUAUUAAGAUUCAAAUGCGUCUGCAAAACCUGGUUUUCCAUAAUUCAAGAUCCUAAGUUCAUCGACAUGCAUAUGUACCGGGCUCCGUGUACUGUCGAAUACCGAAGUAGCAAUGAUACAGAAUUUACUUUCGUUAGAUAUCGGCAAGGACUCGUAUUGGAGAGAAAGAAUUCGACCAAAGCAUACCGAUUAAGGAAUCCGGCUACCAAACAAAUUCUUGAUUUGCCUCGUCCUCGUGACCAAUCAGGUAUUUAUACAAACAUGUGUUACAUCCCGACAACUAAUGAUUUAAAGGUGGUUUAUAUUCAUUAUUCCAAGGAUGAAGGAAACAGAAAAGUACUAGUUUAUACUGUUUUUAGGGUUGGUAAUUGUCUUACAUGGAAACGAUUAGAUUCCCCUUCCUCGUGCAAUCAUAGAAUUGUUUGGCCAACCACCAAAGUUUUAGGGACGGUGUUCUAUAGCAUCAAGCUCGGAUUAAUGGGUGAUUACGAUAUAGAUUGUCUUGAUUUGGAAAAUGACCGUAUUACAAACACUAUUAAGGUACCACAAGAUUUCUUCUCAGAAUGGAGAAAUAUCUGGUUGGUCGACUGCGAAGGGAAGCUAUCUCUUGCCCGAGUAGAACAAAAGCAUUUGAAUAUUUGGGUUUUGGAGAAUUACAAGCUUCACAAAUGGGCUGAUAGCAAAAUCAACGUACCCUUGACAUUUAUGAAAGAUUAUCCAAGUAUGUCGAGCGAAAAUAUAGCUCCGUAUUCGGUGCAAGGCAAUCGAGUAUGGAUGUAUCAUGCCAAACAUGAUCAUCAGAUAUUCGUGUUUGAUAUUGAAUCUAGAAAAGUCAUGUUCAAGACUUCCGCGUCUAAUAGAAAGGUCUUGUACACUAAUAAAUCGAGCCUGCUUCAUGUUAAAGGAAUGCGGCCAGUAAGCAAAACUGAAAAAAGUGAGCACUGCCGUAAUGCUGAGAACAUUUUAAGCCAUCAGCUGUGCAAAUUCCCGCCGCAAAUAGUCAACAUUAUGUUAAGUAGUGUAGAAUUUGGCUUCUUUUUUGUUUUCAUUUUAGUUCUUCGUCAUUUAUCACAAUAUUAA